GAAAAAAUCAAUAAUAGUUUGUGGAUCAGUUCGUUCAUCAGUCCUGGAAUUAAAAGAAAACAUGAUUUACAUGAUUACGAUUAUAGUAAAAGAUAGAUAUCGUUGUUAAAAUGUAGUGUAAUCCACGGAUAUGAAUCUAUAGAAUGCAGAAUCUCACAUAGUAAAACUUUGAAUGAUAAAUGUAUCAAUCGCAAUUGUUUACAUUCGUUUUGUAAAUAAAGGAUAAAAUUGCACAAUGAAUGCACAAAAACUGGGGAAAUUGCAAUUGGCUGCUGAAAAAACAUCGGCUGUAGCAAAUGCUGAAAAUUCAAGUGAGCUUGGAAUUAUGCAUCUACGAAAACUUUUUAUAGAGUUUCUCCAGACGAUGGAUGGUCUAGUUGAAAGGGAAAAGGAGCUAAGAUUAUACAACAUGUUGCCCUUAUUUUCCAAAGUUUUUGAAACGAGUCGAAAUAAAGAUCUUCAGGAGAAGUUUCCGGAGAUAUCUCAAUUUUGCCAACAUGUUUCAAAACUUAUGGUGAACGAGAUCAAAAGAAGGGGCUCCAAUCAAAGCACCGAAGCAGCAUCGAAAAAUAUCAUUGAUUUUUUGGAAAUCGAUGAGUUCGAAGAAACUAGCAACGGAUGGAUGUUACUGACUUCAAUUAAUAUCAUGGCAAGCGGUGAAAGAGCACUAAUUCAGAUUAUGACAUCGGCAUCUAUACCGUCGACACUGGUCAAAUGCCUUUAUCUGUUCUUUGAUUUGCCUGAACUGAAUGAAAACGACACCCCUAGCACUAGCAAAUUUACUCCGAAAGAAAGGCGCAUUUUGCUGCAAAAAAUGUUUGUGCAGGUUUUGGUAAGAUUAUGCUCUUAUCCUUACCCUGCAGAGGAAUUGGCUAGGAUGGACGAUCUGUCGUUACUUUUCUCGGCUAUCACGUCACAGUGUCCAUCAUAUAAUGUAAUUUGGCGCAAAUCGGCUGCUGAGGUAUUGACCACAUUAUCACGCCAUGGCCUCACCAAUUUCGUAGUAAACUACCUCCAUAACAAAGGUUGCGUGUCCCUUUGCAUAGAUAACAUGCAACGUUCUUCCCAACUGCAACCCAUAGAAGUCGUAGAAAUGUUCGUUUCGGUGUUUUGCUUCCUAAAAGACUCCAGCGACGUGUCUCAGAUACUGUUAGAUGAUUUCAAAGCUUGUCAAGGAUAUUUGUUUCUAGUUGAUUUUUUGAUAAAGUUAGACCAACAGGAAAAUAAGACUCCAGAUACAGAAGCAGCUAUAAGAAAUUUGGUUUUGAUGAUAGCAUCCUUAUGCAUUUGUGGAUAUAACGAAUUAAAACUAACCGUCAGCAGCAACUCAAUGUUUCAAAUGCAGGGAUUCAAAAUGCCUCAAGUUUCAUCAAGGGGAACUUGUGUCAGGAAUCUACACGCCUUCCAAGUUCUACAAACGGUGUUUUUGAAAUCGAAUAAUACCACUUUGUGUUGUGUCAUAUUGGAUGCUAUUUCAAGUGUAUACCAUUCUGAUAAUGCGAAUUACUUCAUCCUAGAACCACAAAACACUCUGAGCCAAUUUGCAGAAAUUAUUCACUUAAAAAGCACAGUAGUUAGGGAACGAUUCUUCGGACUGCUAGAGUUUAUUGUGUUUCAGCUGAAUUUCGUGCCCUGUAAGGAGCUUAUAUCUGUAUCGCUGUUAAUAAAAUCAAAUUGUUCCAUGGAGUGUAGCAUACUUUGCAUGAAAACAUUGUUGAAUCUGUUGAGGCAUAAUAAUUUGUUUUGUGAUGUUUAUCGAGAAGUCGGAAUACUGGAAGUGCUUGUAAAUUGUUUGAAAAAAUAUAAAUCACUACUGGAAACCGAGCUAACAGAGAGUAAACCACAGGCAGGUGAAGAAGAUGAUAACAAUAUCGUAUUUGGGGAAAUGGUACUUGAAGCUUUGAUUUUAUUACUUAGUGGUAAUAACAACAAUGCAACGGUAUUUCGAGAUAGUGGAGGAUCAAAAUGCAUCCAUGACAUGAUACGUUUUGAAAAAUGUAGAAACACAGCUUUGAAAAUAAUUAAGGAAAUGAUAGUCAACACUGGUGGAGACGAAGACAUGGUAAGGUUGAUAGAAAGUAUGCAACAAACGCCUUUGAAUGAAAUUAAUCUGAAGGUCCAUAUUUUGAAGUCAUUAAUAAACUGUUUGAAAGACAGUCAUCGUACCAGAACGGUAUUCCGAAAGGUCAAUGGAUUUGCACUUCUUAUCAAAACGUUGGAUAUUUUUAAGGAUACUUUCACGGAUACAGCAGAGCGCACAAAUCUUGAACAAUACCUUAGCCUCAUAUAUGCUGUUUGCCAGGCGUUAGCGACAUCAAUGCGUUUUGAACCUGCAAAUGCGAAAUUUUUUCAACAAGAGCUCUGUUCUACUUCGUUCUACAAAGCCAUUCGAAGCUUGGGAUGUUUUUCUACAGUGACUGUUUUGAAACCUGUUAACGUAAAUUUCAAAAGUCUAAGAGAAAAACAAGACGAAUUCUCACGCAUAUUCAUGAGGAGUGCUACAGAUUUAAGCACUUCACUCGAUGAUCCGUUGUCCUUGUCGCUGGUUUGCAUAAUCUAUCGAAUGUUGUACAACAUAGUUCUGGAUAACUUUGAGGUGUCAUCAUUAUCGACAUUUUCGAGCUUAGGAAAUCAACCAAAAACACCUACAAAGCUUGAAAACAUGACUGAAACUUUGCCCGAACAUUCCAAAUCACCGGUCCUCGCCCCUAUUAAUUUAACACCAUUUCAGUCCGAACCGAUAAUAGUCCAUCCUGGAAUAGUGUUAUGCAUGCUGCAAUUACUCCCGGGCGUUGGACACGAUCAAAAUAUUAAAAAAGGUUUUGCACUACAGUAUUAUCUAGCAGAAAUUCUUAAAAGCUUAGUUCGGAGUGAGCGUAAUCAACAAAUCAUGUGUGAAGCUGGUAUGGCUGGAGUAUUGCUUCGCGUAUGCAGAGCUGCGUUAAUAGAAGAACAACAUCUAUUGCAUCUACCGCUGCAAUAUAUAUUCGAAAGAUUGGCAGUUCAAGCAAUUUUACCGAAAGAAUUUAGAGAAUUUCUGCGACUGGGAUUUGCCAUAGAAGGAACUGAGGCAGAUAAACAUAUGGCUAUCCCGUUGACUCGCAUCAAAACUCUCGUAUCGAUGACAACACCUAGAGAUUUCCGUGCGCAUGGAUCCUACACAUUACCACCUUUCGUUGAGCUGGACAUGAAUGCAGAAGGAUUUGGAUGCAUUUUUCUACCCAGUAUUGCACCCCAAUUGCCUGCAGCCGGGAACAAUGGGGAAGUCGAUGGACAGAAUAUUGGUGGCAUUGGCACUGGGGAUCGUUGUUUUCCACCUGUCAAUGGAUUGACAUUUUCAACGUGGUUUUGUGUCGAAAAAUUCUGUGACCCACGGGCGGACUCUCACAGUGUUCGCUUACUUACGGUGGUCAGAACCGUUGCGCGACCUCGAGAAGAAAACUUUAUUUGUUUUAGCGUUUUGCUCUCUGCGAAAGAUAAAGCCAUUCUCACAUCUACACAAGAAAUACUUCUUGAGCAAAAUACUGCUGAAUGGGAACCAGAUUCUCUUGAAGAGUACUGCGCCAGAGUUUACUAUCCAGAUUUAUUGGUUGAAGGCCAAUGGCACCACUUAGUUGUAGUUUUGAAUAAAACUACAACUAAAAGCACAACCUUUUCUCUGUUCAUCGAUGGUCGCCAUAUGAACACCCAAAAAAUGCAAUAUAUUUCAAACAACCCAGGUGGUCACGUUGGCAACAAUAUGAAUACAGCAAGUUCGAUAUACGCAUUUAUCGGAACACCGCCGUUAUGGAGAAGAUAUUCCAGGUUAUGCUGGAAGCAAGGUGUAUGUCACCUCGUCGAAGAUAUUUUCUCAAAUGCAACGGUCAACAAAAUCUAUAACCUGGGUCCUCACUAUUUGGGAUCGUUGCAAGCUCCGUAUAAUGAAAAGUUUACUGAAGAAACAAUCAGCCCUCUCGUGUCUGAAGAGCGCGUUAUAUUUGGUAUGAACUCACGAGCUGUUUCUAACCUUACUUUGGCUAAGAUACGGAAAGUCUAUAGCAGAAUAGACUGUAAAGCGAUCGCUAAACAGUUGGGUAUGAACUCGCACGAUAAUGCAACUCCAAUAAAAAUAUUACACAACUCGGCUGGACAUCUUGCUGGCCCUGCUCGUACUCUUGGUGGAGUAAUGAUCGGUUAUCUGGGCAUACGAUGCUUUAGUCCAAAUCCCGUGUCAGCAAUUAUCUAUACGGUUGGAGGUUGCAGUGUUCUCCUGGGCAUAAUUGCAAUGUCCCAAAGCGUAGAAAGCCUUUAUGCUGGCGUAAAGGCAUUGACGUGUGUGAUUAAAUCGAAUAAAUCCACCCAGCAAGAAAUGGAUAGGAAACGAUAUUACCAAACCUUGGGGAUGAUUUUCAAAAGAAAGAAACACCUACUGAACUCACACAUCCUACAUUUGACCUUCAAUUUAGUUGGUACUGUGAAUAGCGGGCAAGAAACUUCGGCCAUUCCCAACGUCAUGUCUUUCCAGGAUCUUCUAUGUGAUUUUGAAAUUUGGAUAGGGGCUCCUAAUGAUUUACUUAAGUCACUUUUGGAGCAUUUAUUAGAACUUAUAUCCGAGUCCAGUGAAAAACGAACAAACAUUCGAAUCAUGAGGGAUAUGCAGUGCAUAUCCAAACUUCUGCAUAUCCUCGAAGACGUUCACGAACAUCAUACAAGGAACGUUCUUUACAAUUUAUUGGAAAUAUUACUUGGGCCACAGCCUAGAGUAAGUGAUCUACUGUUAUUUGGACAACACUUGGCUUAUUGCAUUCCGCAGCCGACAGAUGAAAAAGACAAAAGUUUGAUCAUUUCUGACUACACAAAAGAUGGCAAUAUAACUUUACAUGACUCAGAGCUUUACAAAUGCAAUGUUUCAUUAAGAAGAAUUAUACUUCGAAAUAGAGGUUUAUGUCUUUUGCAUACUUUGCUGUUCACACAAAAAAAUACAGUGAACGCAGCUAUAGCUGAAGAGAUUUCUAGAGUUCUUGGAUUGGAUUGGUUAAUGCUGUUUAUGCAGCCUCAUAUCAACUCUUCAUCUGUAAUAUGGGCGAUGCGCAUAUUAGUCGUAUUAUGCGCUAAUGAAGGAAUCAUUGGCCAUUUUCGUGAAGGAACGUUGAAUGGUGGAUAUUUAAAAAAUACAGAAGUCGUCUCACAGAAUAAAGUAUCGCUAUUAUUGCCUUCUGCGCAAUCCGUUUCCGUUAACACGAACUCAAAAUCACCGCAAGACCUGAUUGGAUCCCCAUUGCCCAAGUUCAAUGAUGAGUCAAAGCAACAUUUUUAUUACGGUUCUGGUUUCAAUUAUCUCGAGUGGCUGUUGUUGAACCAUAUAGAUAUUCCGGAGAUUUAUUUUCUUUUGACGGCUUUAAUAAUGGGUCAACCUGUAAAAAUCCUUGGAACUGAGCAUACAAAUCUCGACCUUGAUAGAAUUUGGACGUUUCUUUGGGGAACCCCUGUUUCAGGGACUCUCAGCGGGUCAAAUAAUUUGAAAAUUGUACUUUGUCCGGAAGCAGUGAGUAUUUUGCUCAACAUCAUUCGAAAAAUAGUGCACACCACUGUAACCUCCGAAUGGCUACACAAUCACCCAAUAACUAUAAUCCAAGUAUUGUUUUCAUUGUACCACAAUCUUCCUGAUUUUAUGUCUGUAAUGAUGUCUGCUGAAGUUCUAGCUUCGCUCAUAGGAGUGAUAUUUCCAUAUCGAGCAAAUUCGUGUGAUUCGGAGCCUAACAGUAUUUCCUCCCCGUCUGAUGAAUUGAUGUCGUUCCAAGUGAUUGAAAAACGAAUGGCUUCAAAGGACAGAGAAGACAUUUCAGAACACCCGGUACGCAAAUUUGUCAUUGAUUUUUUGCGCGUCAUUGCCGUUGAUUCAUUCAGUCUGGCAUGUAACGGAAAAACAACGCCGGUGAUUGACUGCAUUCUCGACGUUCAAAUCGACAGAGGGACAUUCGAAACCAAAUGCACAUUUCUCACCGAGGUCAUAACUACGCUAAUGGAUCACCUUUUAGCUGCUGAUAUUUUGGUGGGAGAACAGGCUGCCCUACCAAUUGUUCCGUUGCUACAAAGCCAUGUUCAAAAUAUAGCGCCGAAUGUCUUCUACCUAACCGCAAGAAUUGUAGACAAACUUUGGCAAGACAGUCUGUAUAAAGAUCCCCAGGAAAUAUUUGAGUUCAUCAUCAAACUAAUCAGUCAAGCCAAACGAAGAUCGGUCACACUAUCUCUGGACCAGUUAUACCAUUCUUUGAAUAGGUGCAUAUUAUAUCAGCUUUCCCGAACUACAGUCACUGUUCCUGACCAAAUGAUGAUUAUGGAAACUCUGCAUAAACUAACGACAAAUCGACUUAUUAUAUUUGGAGCUGGUAAUCAUGAACUUGAAUUUAUUGGAUGCUUGACAUAUUGCCUAAUGCAGUUAACCGUCAGCGAAAAAAUUCCAUUAGAUGCUAAGAAUUCCAAAGAAGUCAGUCGAACGACAACAUGGCACGUAAAUCCGAUCAUUGAUUCAACCGUCAUCAACGACGAUUCGCUCAAUCAUCAUCAAGGAACCAAUUUGAUUGCAAAUGCAGCAGCACGUGUUUGGGAAGAACUCUAUGUUUGUAAGAAACCGGCAAUUGAGGAAGUUUUCAAAAUAACAUUAACUCCACCAACCCACAAUGCGAAAGCCCCUGAAAUCAUAUCGACCCGCGAACAAAUUUUAGAUUCAGCUACAAAACUUUGGAUCGGAUAUGUUGAUAGCGAAAGAAAAGCACAAUAUCGUGUUCCAUGGGAGCUUCAUAACAAUAUACAAUCAAAAAUUCAGAAAGUGACUGGCAAUCUCACGCGAUUAGCUAGUCGAUCAAAAGUGAAAAGAGACGAACACUCGAAGAUAAAGAUGGAUGCCGGUAUGGAAACUAUAUAUCAGUUGAACAUUGUGAAUCUCACCCUGUUGAAAGAAUUCUGGGAGCUAAGAUCCACUCAACAAAUUCAGAUAGCGCAGCAUACCCAGCGAUAUGUUUACCAAGAAUGGUUACAAUCGGAAGCCGAACUAUUCAGGGAGAGAGGAUUGUGGGGUCCCAAAGGGUCCCUGGCAUUUACCAAAUGGACAUUGGAUACGACAGAAGGUCCACAUCGUAUGCGAAAAAAGAUGAUGAAAAAUGAUUUAUUCUAUGUUCACUAUCCAUACAGGCCAGAGUUAGAAUUAACUGACCAGCGUCAACUCAAGUAUAAGGUAGCGACAAGUUUGGACAGCAAAAAAUACUUCUUGAGCAUGCAAUAUCUUCCUAAGGCUCUUUCAUUACAAUUGGAUCAAGAUCCGGGUAUGAAGCAAACGCCGUUCUUUACGUCGCCAUCGUCUAGUUCCAAUAAAUCUGAGGACCAAAAAGAUACGGAAACAGAACAAGGAUAUGAUCUGGACGAUGACGACGAAGAACUUUCAUCAACACCUGACAAUCAAACUUUGUUAAGAUUACUGGAAGAAAAAGAAAAGAUAUCGCACAUAUUUAGAUGCGCACGAAUCCAAGGUUUAGACACAUACGAAGGGUUACUUCUCUUUGGUAAAGAGCAUUGUUAUGUAAUAGAUGGCUUCACGUUGCUCAAAAAUCGUGAGAUCAGAGAUAUUGACUCGCUACCCAAUGGAAGUUAUGAACCUAUACUUCCGAAUCCGAACCCAAGAAUACCACAUGAAAUGCGCCAGAGCUCCAAAUUUGGCUACGAAGACAUAAGAGAAGUUCAUAAAAGAAGGUACCUUCUCCAGCCGAUUGCACUUGAAGUUUUUUCAGGCGAUGGAAGAAACUUUCUGUUGAGCUUUCCGCGUAAAGUUCGAAACAAAGUUUACCAAAAAUUGAUAUCAGUGGCAACAUCGAUCGCAGAUAAUGCUCAACAAUCAGUGGCCGGACAAAGUCGAUCAGCCAGCGUUGAGCAAACCUCCAGUAUUUUUAGCAGUCUAAUAGGUGAAACUUCAGUCACGCAAAGAUGGGUGCGCGGUGAGAUCUCGAAUUUCCAAUACCUUAUGCAUCUUAAUACUCUAGCUGGAAGGUCGUAUAACGAUUUAAUGCAAUAUCCCGUUUUCCCGUGGAUACUGGCCGACUAUGAUUCUGAAAAGCUAGACUUAACAAACCCGAAAUCAUUCCGUAAUUUUUCAAAGCCGAUGGGAGCUCAAUCGAAGGAUCGAUUAGAACAAUUCGAGAAACGCUAUAAAGAAUGGGAUGAUCCCCACGGCGAAACCCCACCUUAUUUUUAUGGAACUCAUUACAGCUCAGCAAUGAUUGUAUGUUCGUAUCUCGUACGACUGGAACCGUUUACGCAACAUUUCCUGCGACUACAGGGAGGCCAUUUCGAUUUGGCCGAUCGCAUGUUUCACAGUAUUAAAGAGGCCUGGUAUUCGGCAUCAAAGCACAAUAUGGCCGAUGUGAAGGAACUUAUACCGGAAUUUUUCUACCUGCCAGAGUUCCUGUUAAACGAUAACAAUUUUGAUUUUGGCGUGAAACAAAACGGAGACAUUCUAAAUAACGUCGUGCUACCACCAUGGGCCAAAGGUGAUCCUAGAGAGUUCAUUCGAGUGCACCGUGAAGCUCUGGAAAGCGAUUACGUUAGUCAAAAUCUGCAUAUGUGGAUUGAUUUAAUAUUCGGCUAUAAACAACGUGGCCACGCCGCUGUAGAAGCAUCCAAUGUAUUCCAUCAUUUGUUUUACGAGGGAAACGUCGAUAUAUACAGUAUCGAUGAUCCACUGAAGAAGAACGCUACAAUUGGAUUUAUUAACAACUUUGGACAAAUUCCAAAGCAGUUGUUCCGUAAGGCUCAUCCUGCGAAAAGAACCGCUCAUUCCAAACCUUCAAUGUUGGAAGCAAAUUCGGUUUUGUCGUCCGGAGGAAGCGUUCCAAACAAAUUAUUCUUCCAUAAUCUAGAAAACCUUAAACCAAGUAUGACACCAGUCAAAGAAGUAAAAGGUCCUGUUGGUCAUAUAAUUCAAGUAGACAAAUGUAUAUUGGCGGUAGAGCAAAACAAAAUUUUAAUGCCAGCAUCAUACAAUCGAUAUAUAGCAUGGGGCUACGCUGAUCAUUCGAUACGCGUUGGGAUGUAUGACACCGAUAGAGCCAUGUUCGUAUGUGAGAGCGUUGCCCCGGAUUCGGGUGAAAUUCUUGCUUGCGCGUGCCCCAAUCCGAAAACAAUUAUCAUGGCUGGCACUAACUCUAUUCUAACUGUCUGUGAUAUAGACUAUAAGCACAAACAAUUAUAUGUAAAGCAUACGCUGCAUGGCCAUACUGACGCGGUAACAUCGUUGGCCACCAGUACGGCCUUCAAUAUCAUUGUUUCGGGAUCGAAAGACAAAUCCGCUAUUAUAUGGGACUUGUCAAGAUACAAAUAUGUGCGACCUUUACUCAAUCACGUAAGCGUGGUCGCAGCCGUUAACAUUAAUGAACUAACGGGUGAGAUUGCAACUUGUUCUGCUACUUGGCUAUACGUAUGGUCAAUAAACGGCGAUUGUUUGGCGAAAGUUAAUACCAGUGUUGGAUGCGCAGAUCAGAUGCAACAAAUUUUGUGCGUGACCUUCUCAUACAAAAACGAGUGGGACAGUGACAACGUUAUCGUAACAGGAUCCACCGAUGGAGUUGUAAGGAUGUGGUCAUUGGAUUACGUACAAAUACCAACGGAACGGCAAAGUUGCAGUGAAAGUCACCUUUAUGAUGAAAAUGAGAAGAAUAACCCCGCGUCUGAUCAAGGAACAGUUUUGAGAUCUUCAUCUACGAGCAGCAUUUACGAGUCACACCAUAUGGAAAAAAAUGAAACCACCGAAACCACAGAAACCGAAUGUACUAGUGAUGUUUGUUUAAAGAAUGCUCCAACAACCUCGAAGGCCCGUUCGAUCGAUCAUCAGUUGGAUAGAAUAGAAACUAUUGAUAGUCAAUUAACAAACCAUGACAAUACACAUAAAACAAAGAAAACUUUUCGAUGGCAUCGUCAACUAAUAUUUCGCACCAAGCUAACAAUGCACACGGCAUAUGACCGCAAGGAUAACGUUGAACCAGCAAGUAUAACCGCGCUAACUAUAUCAGCCGAUCACCGAACCGUGUUUGUGGGAGAUGCGCGAGGGAGAAUUUACGCAUGGAUUGUGGCAGAUCAACCAGGAAGAGUUAUAACCAACCAAACAACCAAUGAAACCUCUUCUGAUCAAUGCAUUGGAUGCAAAAUGCGCUUCCAUCGUAAUGAACGUAGAAAUACUUGCCGAAACUGUGGACAAGAAUUUUGCAAUAAAUGUAGUCAUUUCGAGUCUACAAUUUUCCAUCUACGGAUACGUAUGCCGGUCCGUGUGUGCAAAAUUUGUUAUUCACAAUUAAAAGGGACAAAUAACGUUUAGGUAGUUUAAUUGUGUAUAUAAAUACCAUAAUCAGUAUAAAUAUCUGUGUGUAUAGCAAAAACAACAUGUUAUGACGUGAACAAUAGAAAGAAUUUUGAUAGCCAGUUCAAUAUAAUAGAGUAUGGUGGGGUAAAAGUACGACCUUAAGGCUGUACUAUUUUUAGAAAAUUUUGCAGUUGUUUUUCCGAAAAACCAAGAACAGCAUUGGAUCCGUUAGACUUUUAUCUCUUUUCUAAAAAAUUACGAAGAUAAUCGAUCGACGCAUUUGAUAGUAGUAGUGAAAAUGCCUUACUGCUAUAGAAACGUACUCUUACCCCACCUCUGGGGCAAAAGUUCGAAUGAUGUGGGGUAAAAGUACGACAUUUAGAAUUCCACAAUUCUGCAUGAAGUCAAUAGGAAAAUCAUUUUAUAUCAAUCUUUGCUUACAGCAGUAACUUCUGUGUUCGCUUCUGAUACAAAUCCAAUACAUGGGCAAACAACCUGCGCGAAUUUGGAGUUCUCCACUAAUUGUCCAUUUUCAACAGGUUUACGAAAUCCAGUUCUCAUCGUAUUUGAGCAUUUUUUUGCGCGAGCAAGUCUUUGUAAAUACAAGAAUAUGUGCUUAUGUUCCUAUUGAAUUUUAGAAAGAAGUUGAAACUUUUCGUCCAGAUUUCCGUCAGUAGACUCUGUAUAUCAUUCGUACUUUUGCCCCAUUUGAAGUUCGUACUUUUGCCCCUUCAAGAUUUCUUGUGAUUCACAGUUUGUUGUGCAAAACAGUGAAAUAUUUAUUAAAUUCUUUCUUCGGCAUUUGCUAGUGGUUGAAAACAAAUGAUCAGACACAUAAAGACUUUCAUAGAAAGCUAGAAUUUUGAUUGCUCAAACAUGUUUGCCGUUAUUUAAAAUAUUACAUCAAUUGGGCAAAAAAGCUGCUUUACCUCAUUUUUCGAAGUAUUUUCAAUUUUUCCAAAUAAAAAUUAUGUCUGGAUGAAGGCAGUCCAAAUCACUAUCAAUCCACGCCAGAGUUUUGAAUUUUACUAUUCUCGGUUUGUGAUAAUCUCGAAACGUACUUUUACCCAACUCGUACUUUUACCCCACCUUACUCUAGAACAUAAUUUAGGCAAUACUAUGUUGAUUAUGAUGUUGAGAACACGUAUAUAAUAAAGGGAAGUAUAGAACUAA